GACAGACAUCCAUUGUUCAAUCUAAAAUUACUUGAACCGUUUCAACCUUCUUUCGACAUCUUCAAGCUCAACUGGUUCAACCAUCCAACCGUUGCUUCAAUUGCUACGUAGUCAUCUGUGAGUAUUCGUAAGAGAGCGCCAGCCGUGACGUCACAUGCGCGUCUAGCUGAACAACAGUUAAGAUCUUUAGCAACGAACAACAUCGUAGAUUCCCAUCUACCUACUACUACCAAGCUCUUCCAUCACCAACUGCAAUCACAAUGGCUUGCGGCUCAGCUUCCUCCGGCCUCAUCAACCGCAACGGCCCCGGCAGCGCCGCCACCUCCAUCAUCGACAGCAUCGUCAAGCCCGCCGAGGCCACAGGCGGCAAGACAAAGUGCAUCGAGUGCGACGGAUACGAGUGCUGCUGCAUCCCCAUUCCCUGCACCGUCAUGUAAGGGAAUUCCGCUGCGGCAGAAACAGAAGUACAAUUUGGCUUGAGUUUGGGACCUUCCUGGAGGGCGGAAUGUAGCGACGCUGUGGAGGAUUGGUACCGUUUGCUGCUUUUGAUAUCUUUGACGCUGGUGCUAUUCCAGUGUAGCAUGAAUUCAUGAUUUGCCUUUGUGGCUAUUCUAUCGUCUACGUCGUUGACUCCAAGG